AUGCGUCCCAGCUCCUCGCUGAACCCCAGCGGCGUUAACCCUGCAGCGGGGCACGUUCGCGGCUUCAACUGUGAAUUAUCCGUCCCGACGCUCCGGCCCCAUUUAUCCCUGGAUCCGGGAGAAAUUCCCGGGUUGGUGGGUGCCUGCGCCGUCUCGGUGCUCUGCAGCCUCCUGAAGGUUUACCUCUACAUCCAGUGCCUGAAGGUGGUGCUGACGGGUGUGCUGGCACUGGUGGGCUCCCGCGUGGCCGCGCUGGUGGUGCUGGAGUUCUCCCUGCGUGCCGUCUCCACCAUCCUCUCCCUCAGCAAGGGCGCCCACAGUAGCCAGCUCUACCUGCUGUGCCAGUACUCGCUGGGCUGCGGGGUGUCCUGCAGCCUCAGCUUCUUGCUGGAAGGGGCUCCCCACAGGACCUGCAACCUGGUGCUGGCAGCGGGGCUGGCGGGGCUGGCGGGCACCCACACACCGCGCUCCCACAUCUGCACCCUCUACGAGCUGCACAGCCGAGCACGUUACUGCGGCGUCUGCAUCCUCCUCCUCGCCGCCGGUCAUGGCAUCCCCCGGCUGCUCCGGAAUGCUUUGGCCAUCACCUUUGCCGUGGCUGACCUGGCCGCCGUGGCGCUCAUCAACCAGGAUUUCCUCUCCACGGCGGAGGCCGUCCGCUUCUGGACGCCGCUCACCAUCUGCUACACGCUGCUGGUCAUCUACAUGCAAGGAUUUCACCCAGCAGUCUCGGUUGGAUAG